CUCGUGUGAGUUUAUUUUGAAGUAGUUUAAUAAAGUUUGAAUUUACUGACGCUCUCUAAAAAAACCGAAAAAUGGCUUAUCUUAAACCGCUGAAGUGUCUCAAUCUAGAUACGAAUCAACAAAAAAAUUUCAUUAAAUUUUUCAAGAUGUUACCAGAUAAACCUACCACAACGGUGCGUUUUUUUGAUCGGUCGGACUACUACAGCUGCCAUGGAUCGGAUGCCGAAUUCGUUGCCAAAUGUGUGUUCAAAUCUACAAACGUAGUAAAAAUCAUGGCUCCUCCGGGAUCGGAUGUUGAAGUACCCUACGUUGUGCUCAGCAAAAACAACUUCGAACGAUUCGUGCGUGACCUUUUACUGGUUCGUAAUUAUCGUGUUGAGGUCUAUACGAAUAAGGGUCCCAUUAAGGCGUCCAAUGAUUGGGUGCUGGAAUUUAAAGGAUCACCCGGAAACUUAUCCCAGUUGGAAGACAUAUUGUUCACAAAUAAUGACAUGGUAGCAGGAUCGGCGUUGAUGGCUCUUCAUGUAAAGCAGCAAGGGAAACAGAAAGUGAUCGGUAUCGCGUGCAUUGAAAGCAUCGAUCGAGUUUUUUCGGUUUCUGAGUUUCUCGACAAUGACUUCUACUCGGAACUGGAAGCGCUAGUGGUGCUGCUCGGACCAAAGGAGUGUAUUCUUCCAUCUGCGGAGGCCGACUAUGAACGUAUCAAAACUCUUCUGGAGAGGAAUAACGUUAUUGUCACAUUGAAGAAGAAGCAAGAUUUCUCACUCGAAAAGAAUGACAUUAUACAGGAUUUGAACAAGCUUCUUAGAUUUUCUAAAGGUCAAAAAGAAAGUGCCAAUACUAUGCCUGAAACCUCGAAGAUAAUUGCACUAGCUGCACUGGGUGUGGCCAUUCGGUACUUGGAACUAGCGAAUGAAUCCUCCAAUCAUGGCCACUAUGAACUGAAGAUGCUAAACUUAAACAGAUUUGUUCAUCUGGAUGCAGCUGCCGUCUCUGCGUUGAAUCUCUUCCCAAAGUCAGGUGCCAACAUUAAUUCAGCCGCUUUUAAAUGGCACAGUAUACUAGGAGUACUCGAUCGCUGCAAAACUCCUCAGGGGCAUCGUCUGAUGGCUCAGUGGCUCAAACAACCACUACGCAGCUACGAUAUCAUCAAGGAUCGUCACGACAUUGUAGAAUGUCUGAUCGAUAGUACUUCUGCAAGAUCUGAGCUACAUGAUUUGCACAUGAAGCGGCUUCCGGACAUUCUCAUUGUCGUCAAUAAACUGAUCCGUAAGAAAGCCUCUUUGCAGGAUAUCUUCCGUUUGUACCAAGUGGUUCUACGAAUGCCAAAAGUUCUACGUCUCUUAGAAACGCUCGAAAACCCGACAGUGAGAAACAUCAUCAAUGAGCCAAUGAAAGAUGUCCUGGGAGAUCUGAAGUUGUUCAAAUCUAUGGUUGAACAAAUCCUUGACUUGGAAGCCGUAGAACGGGGCGAAUAUUUAGUGAAGCAUACCUUCGAUGACAAGCUAAAAGAGUACAAAGUACAGAUGGAUGACAUUGAGAGUAAAAUGAAACGGUUACUUGCAAAAGUUGCUGAUGAAUUGGGUUUGAAUGCAGGCACCUCUAUCAAAUUGGAAUUUGUUGGGCACCAUGGAUUCCAUUUCAGGAUUUCCCUCAAAGAUGAGACCAUUAUCCGAAAAAGUACAAAAUUCCAAAUUUUGGAUGCCGUCAAGGGAGGAGUCAGGUUCACCAAUGAAAAGCUUGCCGAUUACAGUGCCGACUUUACUAGUUCCAAAGAGUCUUAUGAAGAACAACAGAAAACGAUUGUCGAUGAAGUCGUUCGAAUUGCAGUAGGUUACGUCGAGCCGUGGACAAUGUUGAAUAAUCUAAUUGCCCAGCUUGACUGCUUUUUGAGCUUUGCUGUAGCGGCUGUCAGUGCGCCAGAGCCGUAUGUCCGUCCUAAAAUAUUCCAGGAAGGCGAAGGUCGUUUGAAGCUAGUUCAGUUGCGUCAUCCAUGCUUGGAACUGCAAGAAGAUGUUAACUUUAUUGCCAAUGAUGCCAUCUUUCAAAAGGAUGAAACGACUAUGUAUAUUAUUACUGGUCCAAAUAUGGGAGGCAAAAGUACAUUUAUUCGAUCUGUGGGCGUAGCUGUGCUUAUGGCCCACGUUGGAGCAUAUGUUCCGUGUUCUGAGGCGGAGAUAACAAUUGUCGAUUCGAUUUUGGGUCGAGUUGGAGCCGACGAUAAUCUAAGCAAAGGGCUGAGUACAUUCAUGGUGGAGAUGAUUGAAACCGCUGGUAUUAUUCGUACCGCCACCGACAAGUCAUUAGUAAUUAUCGACGAACUUGGUCGGGGCACCUCCACGUACGAAGGAUGUGGCAUUGCUUGGUCCAUUGCCGAAUAUCUUCUAAAGGAAACUAAAUGCUUUACACUAUUUGCAACACAUUUUCACGAGAUUACUGAAAUGGCCGAAACUCUCACAACCGUAAAAAGCUGCCAUAUGGAUGCAAUUGCAGACAAUGGCAAAUUUACAUUGCUAUAUCAAGUUAAACCCGGUGUCAUGGAGAAAAGUUUCGGAAUUCAGGUUGCAAAACUCGCCAAGCUCCCCAGCGAAGUUGUUCAACUGGCUCAAAAACUAUACGAAGAAUGUGAAGACCAUUAUGCUCAACUACAGAUGGAGAACGACGAAGAUGGAAUGAAGCUCCUUAAAUCUGCCAUUGGAAAAAUUGUUGAGGUUGAUCCAAAUAAUGAUGAGUCUAUUGAAACGAUGCUUCAGGAUAUCCGAAUCUGUGUAAGGAAUUCAAGCAGUACAUAUUUCCGUAAAACAUUUCCUAAACUCUACGCAUAAUUUUUAAACGUCGGCGUCGAAAACCUUGACGUUUAAUUUGUUUAACA